GCCCGAGACCCUGCGCCAACUUCUGGGUUUCCCUCCCCCGGGGUCAGAGGCAGGGCGCGCUUGCUCUCACUACCCACCUUACACUCCUCGCUUCUUGGCACCCGGGGACCCAGGUCUCCUGUCCCCCUGCGAGCUCUCCCAGGUCCCCGCCUCCGCUGGGGAGCGGAAGGCGGAGACCGGGAGACUGGCCCUGGGGGAGGAAGGUGGACGCGCGUGGACGACACAAUGUCCACGGGCUCCGUGAGCGACCCGGAGGAGAUGGAAGUGCGGGUACUGAAGCGGGGGUACCCGGUCCCCGCCUCCAAGAGGCCGCCCUUGCGCGGAUCCGAACGCAGCUACGCCUCGCCUAGUGACAACUCGUCCGCGGAGGAAGAGGACCCGGACGGUGAAGAGGAGCGCGGCGCAGGAGGCUGCAAAAGGAAACGGUCUCGUGCCACUGGAGGUAGCGGCGCAAGUGGCGGUGCUGGCGGCGCCGGUGGCAAGAAGCCCCUCCCGGCCAAAAGUUCGGCCGCCGAGUGCAAGCAGUCUCAACGGAACGCGGCCAAUGCCCGCGAGCGCGCCCGGAUGCGCGUGCUGAGCAAAGCCUUCUCCAGGCUCAAGACCAGCCUGCCCUGGGUGCCCCCGGACACCAAGCUCUCCAAGCUGGACACGCUGCGGCUGGCUUCCAGUUACAUUGCGCACCUGCGGCAGCUGCUGCAGGAGGACCGCUACGAGAAUGGCUACGUGCACCCGGUGAACCUGACGUGGCCAUUCGUAGUCUCUGGACGACCUGACCCCGACACCAAGGAAGUUGCUGCUGCCGGCAGACUCUGUGGAACCACCGCUUAGAUCGCACUGGAACUCACUUCCUGGGAUUAUACGUUCAUCCCAAAUUUGUGGAGGCUGCGGACGGAAGGCAGAGAGGGAGAGCACUGCCACAUGGCGGGCAGAGGAUUCUGCCAAGCCUUCUCCGGGUCUCCAGAACUGCGGACACCACGGGGAGGGGCGGGCGGGAGGCCGCCGGAGCUAGUUCACGACCUUCGCCUCUGCAGAAAAGAGCUCCUUUUUCCUGGACGACGCGAACCUGGAGCCAACCUGUGGCUUGCGCUCUGGACGCUAAGUCCGGCCCCGCCGUGGGAGCCCAGCGGAGCCAGAGGCACAGCCACCGCAGUGGCUGAGCUGUGCACAAACUGCGAGGUUAGAGCGCCUUCUCAUCCGCUUUGAAUACCCAGGACGUGAGGUCCACGUAGGGGCGCGCGACUGUACGGAGAGACGAGCUUGGCGAACCGGCUCCAGCAAUGUUGGUGGUGCAAUGGGUGCGGCUGAGACCCGCUUCC